GCAGCUGCCCAGAUCAAAACAAAAGGGGUGCGGGGGGAGGGGGCAGUUGGCACCGGCUUCUUCCUUUCAUUCCCUUUGAACCUUUCCUCUUCUGCUUGCUAAAGGAACAGGGAGUUUUCUUGAAGCAAAGAAAAAGCAGCACCUACCGGGUACUCUAUUCACCAAACAUCCUAGCAUAGCUGCAGGGUUGGCAAACAGCCGUGUUGUGGAAAAUGGCCACCAAGGUGAAUGAGCAGAGCCUAGAUGCAUCCUGCAGUGACCCUGCAAAGGAGAGGGAUCCAGGUAACACCAACAUGGCUGAGCAUCAGGACUUGGAUAGAGGCGAGGCCAAAGCAGCUGGUGAGUGUUCAGGAGGAGGAGCUGAACAUUCGGAGAUGACGCAGCAGCCUACGGAUCAGCGUCAAGCCCCAAGGCUGCAGGUAAAACAAGAAGAGAAACCAAAAACUGAAAAAUCCUUGGUGCCGCCUGCUGCAGAGGCUUCUGUGUCAGUUCCAGUGCUGCCCUUGGGAGAAGGGAAAGGGGCAAAGCGGAUGAUGGAGGAUGAUGAUGGUGAUGAUGACAUCUUUAAAGAAAUGCCGGAUGUCUGCCAGGAGGCCAGAGAGCCAGGAAGGGCCAUGCUCCUGCCAGAUCUCUUUGGGGAGGCUCAGCAGGCUCAUAGCAGCCUGGCUGCUGGCCGGGCUGGAGGAUGUGCCAAGUUGGAGCAAGCCAUCCCAUGCCUGCCGAACGUGGGCUCCGAGAACCAGCGCAAACGCUUCCGGGGUUUUGCCUACAAAGAGACUGAAGGGCCCCAAGUGGCCUAUGAGCGACUCCAGGAACUGCUGUUCCAGUGGUUGAAACCAGAGGCCCGCAGCAAGGAGGAGAUUGUGGAGCAGUUGGUGCUCGAGCAGUUCCUGAACCUCCUCCCAGAGGAUGUCCAGCGCUGGGUUCGGGAACGUCACCCUGAAAAUGGGGAUGAGGCUGUAGCCCUGGCAGAAGACUACCAGUUUCUGCACCCUGAGCCUGGGAGACGGCCCUACCCAGAAAGGGCAAGGCAACGGUCUUCAGCAAGGAGUUGGCUCCGCUGAAGUCACUGAAUCGGACAAGCAGGACUGGUUAUUGACUGAGAGAAUCAAAGACCUAGUUAUCUACCAAGCCGAGUGGGGGAAGCCUAAAUGGGCCAGAGGAACUCAGAAAUCACAGUGCAGUUGCCGAGCAUGAAAAGACCUUUACACAGCCUUUCCCUGCACGGAGACCAUUCACUGGAGCAGAACCCUUCACAUCAUCUGACUUUUUUUGUGUGUAUACAUAACGGGGAGAAGAAGGGGAAUUUCAAAAUCUUGCUUGGUCCUUUUUGCAGCUUAAAGAAUGCCCUCUGUCCACUAAUGCUAUAGGAAUAAGUUGGAGAAAGGACAAAGCAUGAAGGGAACUUCAGAGCUUUUCAAAAGGGGUGGGGGGGUGGGCAUGACUUUGGAAUGUAUGUACAUAUGAGCAUUCUGAUAGGAUGCAGAAGGGAAGGGUCCUGUGAUGAAAAUGAUACCUGCCAGUCUGCCUCAGGUUGGUCUGAGGCAUCUGAGUCACCUUUUCCUCACCUCUUCCCCCACUCCUCAAAUAGUCUCCCAUGCCCUCCUCCCAUCAGUUUAUGAUUGGCAAGAUAAUGUUUCCCCCUGAUUCCCCUCCUUGCUUUGUGUUCAGAGGGGUGCCUCUUAAUUUGGAGAUAUGGCCUGCCCUGCUCAUCCUGUCAGAAUUUGUGUGGGAAAUCUUGAAAAGUCACCUUGUACCACUCCCAAGACAUUUUGUGUGGCAGGGCAGACUUUGAACACCUUUGGGGAAUUCAGGGCUUCUGCCACAGGCCUAGCUCCUCACUACACCCAACAGCCCUAUAAACUGAAGCAAACUCUGUAUGUUGCAGGUACAAGGCAGUUGUUGCUGUCAAACACUUCCACAUCAUGCAAGCCCCACUGUUGCCCAUGUAGUUUGCCUUGAUUGUGCGGUGAUUCCCCUUGUCAUUGCUCUACCUCCCUCAGAGCUGCUGGCAUGGAGAUUGCCAUGCAGUCUGGCAGACCUACAUGGGAUUCUCAUGUUGUAUCCAUGAAGAGUCUAGCCACUCAAAAGCAUUUUGAUAAUGACUGGCCUCAUAACCCACAGAAUUCUCCCUCCUUGCUUGUAACUUUUUUUCAGUGGUUUAUCAAUGGAUUUGGAGCCUGCAGUACUUACCUGUGAGCCAAAGUAGUCACAAUUUGACGAACCAGCUGUUUGCUGGAGAUCAAGCAUUCUUCAGUGCUUCAAGCUGGGCUUUGUUUCUGCAACAUAUUUGAGGAAUGGAGUGGGAAGGGAAGGGUCUUUUCUGCGGCUCCCCCCAGGUUUGUAUUAGUGUGUUGAAAUGGGAGCAAAGUGUUUUCUUGCUUGUAGAAACUAGGUUUUUGAUACUCGUCCUGAUGUGAUGUAGCUUCUGCUUUCGCCUUGUAUCAGGUGAACUUUAGCCCUGCUUUCAUUUGUGUAAAUUUCUGGUGUGUGUGUAUGUCCGUGGAUGAGCACAUGUAAUAAAGGAUCUUUCCCCCACA